ACUCGAGAACGCGGAAGUGAAGCGCUGCUGCUGCCUCUGUUUAUGUUUUCGUCUUCGCGCCGCACAGAAAACGCCAUUUGUCCUCAAACAUGGCGGUGAGCGCCGUCCACCUGGAGUCCGACGCCUUCCUGGUGUGUAUGAACCACGCGCUGAGCACAGAGAAGGAGGAGGUGAUGGGGCUGUGUAUCGGAGAGGUCGAGACCACCCGCAUCGUCCACAUCUACUCCGUCAUCAUCCUCCGCCGCUCGGACAAGAGGAAGGACCGGGUGGAGAUCUCCCCGGAGCAGCUGUCGGCGGCCUCCACGGAGGCGGAGAGGCUGGCCGACAUCACCGGCAGGCCGAUGCGGGUGGUCGGCUGGUACCACUCCCACCCGCACAUCACCGUGUGGCCGUCCCACGUCGACGUGAGGACCCAGGCCAUGUACCAGAUGCUGGACCAGUGCUUCGUGGGCCUCAUUUUCUCCUGCUUCAUCGAGGACAAGAACACCAAGACGGGCCGGGUGCUGUACACCUGCUUCCAGUCCGUGCAGGCGCAGAAGGGCUCCGAGUACGAGCGGGUGGAGAUCCCGAUCCACGUCGUUCCCCGCGAAGCCAUCGGUAAGGUGUGCCUGGAGUCGGCCGUGGAGCUGCCGCGGAUCCUGUGCCAGGAGGAGCAGGACACCUACCGCAAGAUCCACAGCCUGGCGCACCUGGACCCCGUCACCAAGAUCCACAACGGCUCGGUGUUCACCAAGAACCUGUGCAGCCAGAUGUCGGCGGUGAGCGGGCCGCUGCUGCAGUGGCUGGAGGACCGGCUGGAGCAGAACAAGCAGAGCAUCGUGGAGCUGCAGCAGGAGAAGGAGAGGCUGCUGCAGGAGCUGGCUGCUCUGUGAGGCUGCAGGGGGAGGCUGCAGGAGGAGGCUGCAGGGGGAGGCUGCAGGAGGAGACCACCAGUUGUUCUUCUGUUGUUGGACAGUGGGGAAUGACUUUCGGUUCUAGCUUCUUUACUGUUUUCAUACCUUCCACGCAGGGCUGUGUAUCAAACAACACUUUUCUUGUACCUUUGUUCAGAGUACAGAGUACUGACGACUGUCCAAUACCAAAAGUUGGCAUUAAAUGUCUGGUUAGUCUUGAUUGCUCAUUCUUGAUUAGACAUUUCCUUAUUUAAUCAGAAUUUUGCUACAUGUAUUAAAGCUGUAGGUAACGUUUAUAAAAAUAAAUAACUUCCUUUCACUCUAUCCUGACAGUAGUACAUGAGACAGAUAAUCUGUGACAUAAUCAGGUUCCUAUGAGUCCUCCUAGUGCUCCUCAUGAUAUCUGCAAGAAUCCACUGACACUAUAUAUAAUGGACACAGCCUCAAGGUCUGAAAAGUGAAGCCAACCCGGUGGUCUCUUAAACCUGCAUUCUGUGUAAAUUCCAGCAGGUGGCAGCACCAUUGGCUGCAAUAACACAGCGAUCCCACUCACUCUAAUGGAGAAUGAGCCCACUUGUCACUUCCUUUAUGAGCUCAGUAAACAGUUUCCUGAUGAGUUCAGGGUCUCAGUGUUAGUUUAACAUUUUCUUCAAUACAGCAUGAUGUUCAUUUAGUAAAUGAUGGUCUAAUUGAAUUUAAAAUAGAUGAGAAACCACAUGUGCUUUUGGGCGGGGCGACCUUAUGAUUGACAGGUUGUCAAUUUGACUGAGAAUCAACAAUCAACUAUCUUUCUCAGCUCUGAUUGGUUGUUUUCUUUCAUGGUAGCACUAGGAGGAGCUAGAGGAACCUGAUUUUAUCAAAGAUUAUCAGUCUCCUGUUCUGUCAGGGUAUAGUGACAGUUUCAGCAAAUAUGACAAAAAAAAUGUCUGAAAGAGUGAAAAAGCCCAGAGCCCAGACAAUAUUUUGUCUUAAACACAAAGAUGCCCAAUGAUAUAAUGAUACUCCAAAUCCUAACAUUUGAGGAGGUGGAACGAGAGCGUGUUUACCUCGGAAAGUCCUUUUGAAGAGAAUUGAUUAUCACAAUUGCUGCAGGUUGGAUCAACUCACCGUUUCAGCUCUAGUUUCUAUUGAGCUGGUAUAUGGUCAAAUUUGUAUUUUCUCAGAUAGUUCCUGAUUUAAAUAAUAUCUUAACAAAUAGUUUUUGUACAGCUCUUUUGUGAUGAUACAGAGUUAAACUUGCUCCGUUUAAAAAGUUUGUUUUGUUAAGAAGAGAAACCAGUUUCAUUACAGGAAAAUACUUUCAUUCCUCUUGCUGGUGCUGUGCUGUGUAUUUUGGGCAAACUGAUUAUUGUCCUGGGUGCACAUAAGUUACGGAUCUAUUUUGUAAAGAGAAGAAAUAUUGGUGAUAUUUUUAUGUUAAAAAUGUAUGUUGAACAUUAUUGACACCCUUCUUCCAGACUGCUGCUGUUAAUAUCAACGGAAGCUUUUAUUGUAUGGAGCUCAAACGAUUAGCUGAGUAUAUGAAGUCAUUCGACCAAAAAUAUAUAUAUAUAUAUUAUUUUAUAUAUCCAAAAUCAAUCUGGAUAAUUCAUAUUUGAAGUUAUUCAAGCAAAAUUGUUGUUGACUAAUCGUUUGGUGUUAAUGUUAAUGACAGCAAGGACAGAUUGGAGAGAGAGAGAGUGUGUGUGUGUGUGUGUGUGUGUGUGUGUGUGUGUGUGUGUGUGUGUGUGUGUGUGUGUGUGUGUGUGUGUCUACAAAUAGGUUUUCAUCCUGUACAGAAGCAGAUGAAGAGAUUUUGUCUCUAUUUACUGUUUACCCUUGGUUACUCAUUAAUACAGUGUCUGGUUGGAUCAGGCCAUUGAGGACAAUGUUGCAGAUUAUUAAGCAUGUGUGGUAAUGUUGCAUUUACAGGAUUUUGGUCCAAUGAAGUGAAAUCUUGUUUCACUGUACAAUGAUAUAUGAUGAUAUUUUAGACAGUAGUGUUCUUCCAACUUCAAUUGGUUGUCCCGAUUUGUAGCGAAAGACCUUGACCGGCCUGCAUAGAGCCCUAAUCUCAACCCCAUCCAACCGCUUUGGGAUGACCUGGAACACUGAUACUGAGAGUCAACUUCAAUAAUGUGUCUGAAUGUGAGCAAAUGUCUGCAGCCAGGUUAGAAAAUCCUCCCCAUGAUAGUGGAGGCGAUAAGAGCAGCAGCUUAAUGCCCAUGGGUUUGUUCAACUAUCACACAUGGGUUGUCCACAAACUUUUGGCUACAUAUUCCUUGAUUUUUCAGAUAUUUAAUUCUGCCAAAAAAAAUGUAUCUAGUGGUUUACAUAAUGUGACUGAAGAUACAGUCUUCAGACACCUGUAAUGGAAAGGGAUGGUUAAUGGAAGGAAAUCUGAUGGUGUAAAAUAUUAAGCAAUUUAUGGUAAAUUACCAAAAACAAACAAAACUAUAGCUGGGUACAAGAAGAGCCUCCCUCAUUAUAAGUAAUCUCUCUGAAUCAGAGCCAACUGAGCCCACUGAGGGACACGUGACAAAGAGAAUGUGCCUUUGGACUAAUGAAAGUGUCAUUGUACGUAUUGUGUACUGUAAAUAAAGGUUAUUGGAUGUAAAGGCUGUGUGGGCGGUGUCUGUGUAACACAGUAACAUCUAAUGCCCUUGAUUGAC